AAAAGUCGCAUAAUCCAAAGCUCGACGCAGAUGCUCGAGACUUGAGGGACAGAGAGAGCACGGCGCUGUUCGUCACUGAUGGACGCCCUCAAUCACUGCGCCCUCACCGGCCUCCUCCGCCCUGCGAUCCCCUUCUACGGAAACCCCUCCUCCUACUUCUACUCCAAGGCUUCGCCUUCUCUCCGUCCCAGCCACUUCUACUCCAUCGUCUGCCGCUCCAGCAAGUGGGCCGACCGUCUCCUCGGUGACUUUCAUUUCGCCGCCUCCACCGCCACCGACAACUCCUCCCCCUCCUCCCCUGCUGACUCUUCUAUUCUCUCGCUACUAUCCCCGCCUCCUCUUCCCUCCGCUGAUCGCUCCCUCGCCCUCCCCAUCGACUUCUACCAGGUCCUUGGUGCUGAAACCCACCUUUUAGCCGAUGGCAUUCGGCGAGCAUUCGAAGCUAGGGUUUCCAAACCACCUCUCUAUGGAUACAGCCAAGAAGCCCUCAUCGGCCGUCGCCAGAUCCUCCAGGCUGCUUAUGACAACCUUUCCGACCCCAGCUCCCGCGGGGACUACAACCGCGGCCUCGUGCAGGACCCUGAUUCCACUAUCACAGCCUACAUCCCCUGGGAUAAGAUUCCCGGGGCUCUAUGUGUGCUGCAAGAGGCAGGGCAAGCUGAAUUGGUCCUGCGAAUAGGAAAGAGUCUUCUCCUUGAGCGUCUUCCAAAAACUUUCAAGCAGGAUGUGGUCCUCAGCAUGGUAUUAGCUUAUGUGGAGUUCUCGAGGGAUGCUAUGGCCCUAAACCCUCCAGACUUUGUUAAUUGCUGUGAAGUUCUUGAGAGGGCUCUGAAGCUUCUGCAGGAGGAGGGAGCAAGCAACCUUGCACCUGAUCUUCUAGUACAGAUUGAUGAGACAUUAGAAGAGAUAACCCCUCGUUGUGUGCUGGAGCUUCUUGCAUUGCCCCUUGACUCAGAACACCGAAUUAAGCGUGAGGAGGGUCUUCUUGGCGUGCGCAAUAUACUUUGGGCUGUUGGUAGGGGAGGCGCUACUGCUAUUGGAGGAGGAUUCACUCGGGAAACCUUCAUGAAUGAAACCAACAUACGUAUGACAGCAGCUGAGCAGGUAGAAUUAUUUGCUGCUAGACCAAGCAAUCUACCAGCAGAAGAUUUUGAGGUGUAUGGUUUUGCACUUGCAUUGGUUGCACAGGCUUUCGUAGGUAAACAUCCCCACUAUAUCAGAACAGCAGACAAGCUUUUUCAGCAACUUCAACAGACCAUGCUUGUUCCUGUGGGUACAUUUUCAGAAUAUGCUGCAAUGGCUGAUUUUGAAAUUCCUUUUGCGCUUGAGAGGGGGCUCUGUUCACUUCUUCUAGGAGAUAUUGAUGAAUGCCGCAUGUGGUUGGGCAUAGAUAAUGAGAGCUCCCCAAAUCGAGACCCAGCAAUCUUAGAAUUCAUUGUGGAAAGCUCUGAUGCAGACAAAGAUAGUGAUCUUCUCCCUGGGAUUUGCAAACUGUUGGAGACUUGGCUUAGAGAGGUGGUUUUCCCCAGAUCUAGAGAUACUCAAGAUGUUAAGUUCAGAUUAGGGGAUUAUUAUGAUGAUCCUAUGGUUCUUAAGUAUCUUGAACGGAUUGAUGGGGGUAAUGGUUCACCUUUAGCUGCAGCUGCUGCCAUUGUGAAAAUUGGGGCUGAGGAGGCUACAGCUGCAUUUGGUAGUGUGAAGCUGAGUGUUCUUCAGGCUUUGCGUAAAGUGUUUCCACUUACUCACAACGAAGAAAGUUUGAGGUCAGAGCAAUAUAGGGAUGGAAUUGAUAUGUUACCUGAGAUACGUACUGAGGAGACUGUACCGAUAGAGGAUCAGGAUAAGUUAAGUCUUCAAGCAGAGGUUUCCGGUAAGGUUGAUCCUCAAGAUUCAAAUCAGCAAGACUUCACGAGCGAAAUAAAAAGUUCUGUUGUGAAGAUCAUGUCUGCUGGUAUGGUGAUUGGAUUACUGACUAUGGUUGGGAUCAAGUGUUUACCUGGAAGAAAUGGUUCUCGUAUUACCAGGAAGGAAUCAGGUUCAGCAAUGGCUUCCAAUUUCGUUGAUAUUGAUGAAAAUUCAAUUGAAGAAGUACCUAAGAUGGAUGCACGGUUAGCAGAAAGUAUAGUUCAUAAAUGGCAGAAUGUCAAAUCUAGGGCACUUGGAUCAGAUCAUUCUAUUGAAGAGCUGCCAGAGAUUCUGGAUGGCCGAAUGCUGAAGAUAUGGACCGAUCGAGCUGUUGAGAUCGAGCAGCAUGGCUGGUUCUGGGAGUACAGUCUACUAGGUGUGACGAUCGAUAGUAUCACUGUGUCCUUAAAUGGCCGUCGGUCGACAGUGGAGGCUACAAUCGAGGAAUCUGCUAAGUUGACCGACGAUGCUCACCCCGAGCAUAACGAUUCCUGCAGUACCACCUACACCACCAGGUACGAGAUGGCGUAUACCAAGUCAGGUUGGAAGAUAACCGAAGGAGCUGUUCUUAAAUCAUAGAUAGAUCCGUGCUGGGUUCUUGGUGACUAAUGUAAAUAACGUCGGAUUUCCUUUCUGGUCAGGUUUUGUUUCUUUGAGCUUGAGCAAUUCCAUUCUCAUGUAUUGCGUUUCUUUCAACCAGUGUAAGAUUUUGACGAACAUAUGCUGUGCAAUGUUCCUGAAGAACUGCCAUUUGACGAGCAUCUGUUCUCGCUCUUC